GUCCUAUGCAAUAUCGACCGUCUCGAACUGAUAAUGCCAAGAUACGCGGUAAAAGGAGGCGAAGUGACUCUGAAGUGCGACCACAGCGUCCGGCUGGAGCACCUGCACAAGGUGGAGUGGAAAAAGGGCGACGACAAACUGUUUAUGUACGUGAAAGGGCGGACGCCGCCUUUCAAGGCCUGGGAAAUACCCGGGGCCAAGUUGAAUACGAGGAAGAGUAGCGAGAAGCAGAUCCAUCUCACCAAUUUGACGUUCGCCGCAGGCGGAUCGUAUUAUUGUGUAGUUUCUAUGGAGACUCCCAGCAUAUUCACAAGAGAUUCGGACUUUAAAGAUUUGACAAUCAUCGAUCCCCAAGAUGACGAUCCAAAAAUUACAUUUAAAAAAGACACCUACUACAUCGGCGAAAUGUUAGAGGCCAAUUGUACGACCGCCCCCUCCAAGCCGCCCCCGCACAUCACGUGGCUUCUAAAUGACGUUAAAGUAAGAGACUCAUUCACGAAAUCAUUUUCUAACGGAAUCGUGCAUGGCCAUGGAUAUUUCGAGACGAAGGCCUCUUCCAUUAAGCAACUUUCCAUGGAAGUAUCCCAGUUGGAAGACGGUAAAUUGAGACUCACUUGUAUGGCUACCAUUCCAGGAUAUGUGAAUAACGAUAGCGAUUAUGCCGAUAUAAGAAAUUCAACUGUAUAUAUCGAAAUAUUGGAAGAAUCACCGGCCCUUCCGUCCCCAGUGGAGGCAGCCUCUUCAGCAACCCUUUUAACCCUAAACUGUAUGCUAGUUGUUUUGUUCUUAUGGCUCUUUUAAAAAUGUUUACUUUAUUUAAAAAAAAAAACCCGUAUAUUUUUAGGCAAAUUAAACAAGUUAACGUGAUUGUUUUCGAAGUGUUCAAAACUAUUUUUCUAUAAUGGUAAAAUUAUUAAUAAUGUUAAGUUUCAUAUCCUCUUAUUAUUGUGUUAAAUGUUUAUUAAUUAUCUGCACAUUUAUUAAAUUAAUUAUAACUGGUGCCGAAAGUGUAAAAAAGUCUCCCCCUUCUUUUAUGGUUUAAUGUUAUUUAGACCAAUGUCAAAAAAGUUAUGCUGGGGGUGACGAGGAUAAAUAUAUGCCCAUUAGACUCUAUAAUGCUAAUGUAUGCUAUCGGAAAAAGUCAAUUUCUCUAUUUAAUAUUAUUAUAAAAACUAAUCAAUGUUUGAAGUGGUACUAUAGUGGUUCCAUUCCACAAAUUUCUGACUUUUUACUCUAUAUUCUUUUUCCAACAAAAAUUUAAUAGAAAAAUCUAGCCUUGCAGGGUAUUUUCGUUUACUAAAGCACAUUUUAUUAAAAAUAACUAAAUAAAAAUAUAUUUCGU